UGCUACAAAGGCUCAAAGGUUCGAAUCUGGGCACGGAAGCCUGAAGCCGCUGAAGCUCUGGUACUGCAGUUACAGGCCGAGGGUAUCUGUGCUGAACCAUCGACCACAGUGCAAGAGGCUGUGAGUGACGCGGAUAUCAUUAAUAUCUGUACCGGCUCUGCGAUAUCAAUCCUGAAGGGGGAAUGGGUCAAGCGAGGAGCCCACUGUGAAUAGUAUUGGUGCUCUUCAUCCCGGCUGCCAAGAAAUGGAUGAAGCCUUAGUCAAAAGCUCAACAGUUUACACCGACAGCCGUGAACAAGCUCUUGCUGGAGCUGGAGAUAUCAUUAAAACCGGGGCGACAAUCGAAGCAGAAAUAGGAGAAGUGUUCCUCGGACAACAUUCACCACAGAAAAAUUGUACGACCAUCUUCAAGUCUCUUGGAUUAGGCGUUCAAGAUAGUGUUUGUGCCCGACUGGUUUAUGAUCGUCUAUUGGCAGAGACGGAGUGAUGUUCUGAAUUGAAGAUUUGAACCUCUGUGGUGUAGGUUAAUGUUGCUAGAUGAUGAAUAGGUGUAGGGUAAAAUAAAGUUUUAAGUAAAGUUAAUGUCAUUUUGUCUGCUGAUGGAAAUUAUUUAUUUUGUUGUAGACUAUAUUGAGGUAUUAUAUUAUUAUGAAAUAUA